AUAGUUUGCAAUACAUAGAAGAUGAUUCGGACGAGACUAUCAUGAUUAAUGACCUCUUCCGACCUUGCUCAAGCUCAAUAAAUCCAACAAGUAAAUAUGAGAUCACACGAAGACUGUGCCUGUGGCCCCCCUGGCACUGAGCAAUUGGGCACCAUGAUGCCAUCUGCGCCUGCAACGGGAAGUUUACCACCCGCCUCGACGGGCAAAGAAAUGCCUCCUCUACUGCUUGACUCGACACCACGGGAAGCUGUCAAGGAACAAAAGUUUGAUUACCCUCUGGAAGCAGAACUAUCUGACUCAGUGAUACGAGCAAAUCAGCAAAUACGGAAGGCGGAAUGGACCCCGCGGCCCCACGCAGAAUGUGCUGCGCACAAACCGUCGGGCGGGCAUUUUGGAAAGGCAGAGCCCGGAACAAGCGCACCACAAGCAGAAAAAACAUCUUUAGCAAUUUCAUCGUCGUGUUUGGCGUUGGUCUCCCGAGCGGUUCUCGCGUCCGACGCCCGCUUGACUUGGCGACCACCUGAACUCUCAGGUGUGCGGGACCUCGUCGUGGACUUCCUUGCCGAGGGUCACGACUACGAUACAGUCUCCAUCGAGCGAGCAGUAUAUACGGGAAAUCGAGCCUUCGCGGUCGGGGAGUAUGUGCGGGCAAUGAACUGCUUUGCGGUCGCGUACGAACUAUUUCGCUUUCUGCCUCCUGAUCGGUAUCUUCCAUUGGCCCACGACUUGGUGCUUCGGCGCGCAGUCUGUCUCAGUAUUUUAGGCCGGUUUGCACAGGGACUGCAAGAGCUCACCAUUGCACUUGCAGCUGUGCCAUAUUCACCCGCAGCGCUAUUCUUCCAAGGAAUACUGCACAGUACAUUGUCAUACCUAGUUGUCAAGUGUGCUGCGGAAAGUAGGUGGUAGAUCAGUCCUAACGAUAGGGAAAAUACACCAGUUACCCGUAUUGCGGGAACAGCGGAAGGUGAAAAAGGUCCCUUAUUGCAAAUAUCUCACGAUCUGGCCCGGCGCCGGCUUCACUUUUAAUCAUACUUAUCAGGUAAGGCGAACGACACAGAGAAAGCCAACUAUUCUUUUCGACAGUGUGUGGCGCAAGACAGCGAUUACCACGACUUGAUCGAUGUCAUCGUCGCGAUUUUUCUUCAUAUGGGAGGUUAUUUCGAUCAUGCUAUCGAGACGACGUCUAAGGUUCUUCGAAGAAGCGAAAUCGAGGGGAGAAGAGCCAUGACAGAUUCACGGAUUGGAACGUAAGGACCUCGCUGGGGGUCUCUUUUUAGUUGUAGUUCAGGAGUCGAUAAUUUCUUUCAGUUUUUGAUGUUGCAUCUUUCUCUUUUUGUUUCUAUCCCCAAGAAAAACUGAAAAGACGGCCGGUAAGCAUUAACGUUAUCUCAUCAAUGAAAUUGAAAAUCUGAGUCUUCUCGUGCUUCCAAGUCCAACUACUGCUGCAAGAGCUACUGCACGACCAUCACUGCAAACCAGGCUCGCUUUGCUGGUACGUGCAGACUCGUACAAAUUUCACACCGACGGCUACUUUGCACCACAGGCGGCCACUGAUUACUGCACGCUUUUUCGGAGCGACAACGAAUGUUGCCGGCCGCUCGCCGGCCGCGGUUUCUCGUUCCAUCAGCAUGCGCAAAUCGAGACGGAGUUUGUGCCUCGCUUUUCCGAUGUACUUGAAAAGUGCAGGCCGCGCGGCUUUUUCGAGUAUCCGUGCUAUAACUUGAGUCGAAACUGUCGGGUCCGGCCUCUCCGGGUCGCGUGUCUCGUACUGCUUUGUUGCACGCGGUUCCUCAGGCGGGGCCGAUUCCAGAGAGAACUUACGCGCU